AAUAGCUUUCCCUUUUCCUUUUUCUACAAAACAUUUCUAUUCUUUGAUCUGGAGAUUUUCUCUUCUGAUAGUUGGCUGUGUGACUACCAAACCACCAUCCUCUUUUCGCGACACAUCGAAGCCAACCCCGAUCAUGAGUGUCUCGGAUAUCAAGCCGCCUGGCGAGGCUGCGUCCUCUGAAGAGGUGCGAGGCGACUCCGAAAGUGCGAGAUUUGAAUCUGCUCGCGAGGCAAAGCGCCAAAUUGGAAUUCCUUCCGCUACGCUUCUCAUCUUCAACCGUAUCAUCGGCACGGGUAUCUUUGCUACGCCCGGUACGAUCCUGGCGCUCUGUGGCAGCCCUGGUCUUGCCCUCUUCAUGUGGCUUGUCGGCGCCUUGAUCGCCGCUGCAGGCACCGCCGUCUACAUGGAAUUUGGCACUGGACUGCCUAAAAAUGGUGGUGAGAAAGGGUAUCUCGAGUUCGUUUACCGCAAGCCACAAUUCCUCACGACGAGUUUAUAUACCGGAUACGUAAUCCUCCUUGGCUGGGCUGCUGGUAACUCUGUUAUUUUUGGCGAGUACAUCUUGCAUGCCGCUCAGGUUGAGAUUACUAGAUGGAACGCUCGCUUGCUGGGUUUGGCCUGUCUGACGGUGGCCUUCUUGAUCCAUGGCACCGCGUUGAAAUGGGGCAUCCGCCUCCAAAACUUCCUUGGCAUUAUCAAGAUUCUCAUCAUCAUCAUCAUCAUUGUUUCGCCUCUCGCCAACCUGCCCAAGGUGCGCGAAAACACCAACCUUUCCCGACCGUUUGAGGGCACCAAGUCCAGCGCCUACGGUAUUGUCACGGCGCUGUACAACAUUAUCUGGAGUUUCGUCGGCUACUCCAACGCCAACUACGCUCUCAGUGAGACGAAGAACCCUGUUCGAACUCUCAAGUUUGCCGCCCCUCUGGCUGUUGGAAGCAUUUCGGUGCUGUACAUGCUCACCAACGUUUCGUACUUUGCCGCUGUGUCUCGCGAGGAGAUGCUCUCGUCCGACACUCUUGUCGCAGCAUCGCUCUUCAAGAACAUGUACGGCGAGUCUGCCUCACGAGCGCUUUCCGUCUUUGUUUCCCUCUCUGCUUUUGGCAAUGUGUUGAGUGUCAUCUUUUCCCAAGGUCGCCUCGUUCAAGAGCUUGGCCGUGAGGGCGUCUUGCCUUUCUCUAAGAUUUGGGCCAGCAACAGGCCCUUCAACGCGCCGCUGGCUGGCCUUUUUGAGCACUGGUUUAUCACUGCAAUUACCAUGCUUGCCCCUCCUGCCGGUGAUGCCUACAACUUUAUUCUCAACCUUAUCUCCUACCCCCUCGCCAUCAUCAACACCUUUGUCGGUGGAGGCCUCGUAUACCUUUACUUCCACCGCGAGGAGCGAAACUGGUAUCCCCCAAUCAAGGCCACGCUGCCAGUCGCCAUCUUCUUCUUCCUCAGCAAUGUGUACCUUGUUAUCGCACCGUUCAUCGAGCCUCCUGAGGGCCAAAACGUUUACAAAAACCUGCCCUACUGGAUUCACUGUGUGGUAGGAUUUGGUGUCAUCUUCGCCGGUGGUCUCUACUGGCUUGUCUGGGCCGUCAUUUUGCCCAAGAUCGGCAAGUACGAGCUCGUCAGCGAGACUGUCAUUGACGAGAUUGACGGCUGGGAGAGAAACCGCUUCUUCACACGCCCUCUUGCGGCAAAGACAGCCACCCCGGAGGGCGCUUCGCAAUAGACAUUUUUUCAAGUAGCAAGCAUUUGUUUUACUCUUUAACGACUUUAGCAGAUUAUACACCCUUUUAAUUAUCCAUCAACUGGAUCACUCCUAGAUACCUCAAAUCAAUCACGUUUCUCUAUUCGCUUUAUGCUCCUUAUCCAAUCCCGCUAGUUAUCAUCUCUCAUAAUUUCCAAAUAUCCAUAAGCAUAUGCCCAUAAUUUUGUCAAUCUCAUAAUCCCUCUUAAAUUUUCUCCCUCUGUAACUUCUCAAAAUCAUUAUCCUUCUUAAAAUUUCCCUCCUCUGUUACUCUUCAUAAUCAUCAUCCCUCUGCUGACGCUUGCCGCAUUUGCGCAAAGAACUGCUAGCCAUUUUGUGACGGCCACCAUACAACGCUUCGUCUAGAGUGAUCUUGCGCAGGCGCUCAUUUUUCUUCUCGUUGACCUUUUUGUUGUUCAACUUGUGCUGCUUCAUUGUCAGCUGCUUGUGGUAGUACUCUAUGUUUGGUUUCCUUACCGAAACUUCACUCUCUGGGCAGUUGGCAACGCGCAAGACCCAGCCUUGGCCAGAGGUCAACAGGGACUUGACAAGCUGCUUACAGUGCUUUUAAAGGGGUUAAUAUGAGUGUAGAUGGUUUUCAGACUCGGGAUUGAUGACUGACCUUGAGAGCAGCACAAAUGGCAGUAAUCCUGUCUUUAAAGGUGGAAUAGAAUUCCUACACUCCUUCCGAUCCAGACCAAUAAUAGACGCCUGUCAUGCCACGCUGGGAUAGUUUGGAUGCUGCCUGUGGAAAAAAGUGAGUUUGAAGGCUGAAGAAAAGCGUCUUGAUUGGAAUGCUCACCACAAGAUCCCAGCAGCUGAUUUGAACAGCGAGGUUUGACAGUGGCCGGCCGAGCACCUGUCUCUGCUUCUCUUCGAUACUUGGGGCAUAUUCUGUUUUGGAGCGCUUGCGUGCCGGCUUCUGCUCAUGAUAAUCAGACCAGUCUAGAAUGGCGUAUCGAAUUCGCUCUUUGUAGUCAUACUCCAUUCGGAGGCUGGUAGGAUAUGUCGGGUCUGCAUGAUGGUCAUAGUAUUCCGUGCCCUUGGCAAACGAGUUCGGGACAGUGGAGAUUCGGCUCUGAAUCUUCUGGAUCAUUCUGCGGAUGUUCUUAGCUUGGUUGUAUGUCCUUACGUCCAAACUUUGGGAUUCAUAGCUCAAGUUUCCUGAAAUUUCAUCUUGAACACAUCUGUGUAAGGGAUCAUCGGGCUCGCACUUGAUUGCCUGCGGCUUCACGAAACGCUUCCUAAAUAGGCCAGCCAUGCCCUUCAUUUUGCCUGGAAGAAGCUCGCCAUCGAGCUCUGAACUCUCCUUGCGCUUAUACUUGGCGUUGUCAGGCUCUGAAGCGGCAUUGCUUAGAGUUGGUGAUGCAGGCUCUGAAGUAGAUGUUGGUUCCAACUUGGCCUGGCCGUCUGGGGGCGAGACAAGAACAGACUGUCUCUCAUCGGAAGCCUGUGAAUCUGAUGCAGGGGUGGAUACAUGAACCAGGUCCGAAAAUUCAGACGAUGGGUAUGUUGAUGGCAAGCUGUUAUUCGCUACAAUCGAGUCGUUCGUUGCAAUCGAGCCGUCCAGUUCGUACUCAGCGGUUCCCUGGGGCUUUGUCUCCGAAAAGACACCUUCGUCCCAGUCGACCUGCAUACAGCUUGAGUAUGGAAAGGGGUUUUCAGCUGAUGGUAGAGCAAGUUGGUCAGCGAAAUCCUUGUAGGGCUCAAAAAUAUGGUGCAACGUCUGGUCAAGGAGGCCAUGGCUAAUGCUAUCACCAAGAAAAACAUCACUCAACCCCUGGUCGAGCAGACCAUGGCUCUGGCUGUUGUCAGGGAAGGCAUCGCUGAAGCUCUCGUCAAGGGGACCGUGGCCUAGGCUACCAUCAGGUAAGAGAUGGCUCGUUUUGUCGUCAGGAAAAUUGUUGGCGUCAAGCCUUGCUGUCGAAUGGGUAUCAAGCCCCUCAUUUGUACUGGUGUCAGCCAUGUUGAAUGUAGUUGAUCAAUCAGAGUCGCAACAUGACCAGGGAAACAGCUGAAGAAUUGAAGAAUUGAAGAAUUGCUUUGUAAACGGAGCUGGGAGAUGCCUGUUUAUAGAGAAUCACCCGGCAUGACGAACAAAGAGCGAGCACUGCAUCUGCCAAAGAGAGCCCCUCAGAAGGGUCAGUGAAUUACUUGGCCGAUUAUAGCUAAUAUUGGCUUGACUUCAAAAUUCAACAUUAGCAAGUGGCUCGUCAAUAUUUUCAGUCAAAGGCAAAGUGAAAUACGAUUCAAAAUGGCUGGCCCGAGCUCAGAGGGCAGCCAAGGUACAGCGUAGGAUUCCAUGGCCCAUUCGCCAAAUUUCAUGCAUACAGUACAGUGCAUACACGCAAGACCUUGGUGUUUGCUGUGGCGAAUCCGUGCUGUUGUGGGAAUGAAUGGCCCGAACGCCACCAAAAUUGCUUAAUUAGAGUUCUGCAUGUAUUUCUUUUCCACGUGGAACAAGGUCCAAGGCAAGAUAUGCUAAUGCCGGGGUGAAUUGCCGCAUGGCUGCUUGGCUUUUGGGGUAAAGUGAUGGCGUCGCGGCUUUACAGAUGCCAAGAGGCGGUUGGAGACGGUAGAGAAUAUAAGUUUGACGUUAAGCCGUGGAAGAUGGCGUCUUGUUAGCCGAUGAGGACCAAUAGAACGAUAAACAUUGAUUGUUGGCCUAUUUUAGCCAGAUUUGUGUCUUCUAGACGCAUCUUUUUUGGCUGAGCUGAGUGUGCCAUCGUGGGGAGGCAGCCGUUGCCCAUGGAACAUUCAACUCUGGGCACCCACUGCCAGCUGUCAAGGGCCCCGCCCGCUGUAAAAGGGCUCCUCUGUGACUCCAGAAAGCGGAUACCUGCUGGAACACGAGGCUGCCGGUUAUCGGAAGGAGAGGGAAAGAGUUAUUUUUUUUUAUGAAAAUUUGCUUUGGAGAAGAAAAAAUGAAGAAAUAGACAGUCUCACCAUCAAAUUUCUUUGGCGUUGC